CCAGUUAUGGAUUUGUUUUGCUAAUUUUAGAUAGAGCCGCUCCUUCCCGCUUUCGCUUCGUGAUUUCAUAAUCGAAUGCCACUGAAUUAAAGAGUACUACUAAAACAGUCAGCAAAGCGGAGCUAAAGCUUCAACAAUAUAGGGAGGUGAGAGCAAUGGCUCUCUCAGUCUGGAUGCCCGCAUCAAUAUCAAUCUCAGCACCACCCACGUGGUAUGUUAAAUGCAGCGGAGCUAAAGCUUCAACAGCAGACUCCAUUAUCCCAUCAUCACUCUUAAAUUCCCUGAAGACCCUCAAAUUCCCUCGUUUCUGGCCUUGGCAAAAGGUAAAGAUUGGUCCUCUGACAGUGUCACCCAUGGGGUUUGGGACUUGGGCAUGGGGGAACCAGCUUCUGUGGGGUUAUCAGGAAUCAAUGGACUCUCAGCUUCAGGACACUUUCAAUCUUGCCCUGGAGAAUGGGAUUAAUUUCUUUGAUACUGCUGAUUCUUAUGGAACUGGGAAGUUGAAUGGACAAAGCGAGAGACUUCUUGGCAAAUUCAUCCGCGAGUUUCAAGGAAGAAAGGCAUUCCAAGAUGAUAUUGUCAUUGCAACAAAGUUUGCUGCAUAUCCAUGGCGUCUAACACCUGGACAAUUUGUCAACGCUUGCAAGUCUUCUCUGCAUCGGAUGCAAAUUGAACAAAUAGGAAUUGGACAGCUGCACUGGUCAACUGCCAAUUAUGCUCCUCUUCAAGAGCGAGCUCUUUGGGAUGGUUUGGUUGCAAUGCAUGAGAAGGGUUUAGUUCGGGCAGUUGGUGUGAGCAAUUAUGGGCCAAAACAACUUCUGAAAAUACAUGAUUACCUUAAAGCCAGGGGAGUUCCUUUAUGCUCUGCACAGGUUCAGUUUUCACUGCUUAGCAUGGGAAGGGACCAAAUGGAGAUCAAGAAGUUAUGUGAUUCUUUGGGUAUUAGAUUGAUUUCGUAUAGUCCUUUGGGGCUUGGGAUGCUAACCGGGAAAUACAGCCCUUCUAAUCUUCCUCAGGGACCUAGGGGCCUACUAUUUAGACAAAUCCUGCCCGGAUUGGAGCCCUUACUAAGUUCAUUAAAAGAAAUUGCCGAGAAAAGACGGAAAACUAUGUCACAGGUUGCUAUAAACUGGUGCAUCUGCAAAGGAACAAUUCCAAUUCCGGGAGUCAAGUCAGUCAAACAGGCCGAGGAGAAUUUAGGUGCCCUUGGUUGGCAACUCUCUGCAGACGAGUUAUCUCAAUUAGAAUAUGGUGCCCUUGAAUCUCCCAGCAAAAUGAUUCAAAACAUUUUUCAGACCAGCUAAGUAACUGUCGCGAAUGAUUAUGCGAUAUGUCGAAUUUCAGGCUACGAUCUUGCUACUCUUGUUAUGUGCCUCGAGUCCCCAUUGGCCCGAUCUUUCCCUCCUGAUCGUGUUUUUCCGUAUUCUGUUUCCUUGGGCUGUUUAUUUUUAUUUUUAUUUUUGCCUUUCGACCUCUCAUUUGCUUCCUUGCAAGGGGGUGAACAUUUUGAGUUCUGAAAGCAGGGACACUCUUUCUAAGAAUCCAGUACCGAUCCCUCGACGGCUAGUGAUAAGCAAAUUGGGCUUUGUAUGCUAAAUCUUCAGUUGCCGUCCAGUGUAAUACAAGUACGUUGCUGUAGAAUAUCCCAUUUGUUAUUUGAAAUGUAUAAUUGUGGGGUGAA